GUUGGCUCCAUUGUCUGCGAAGGGAUGCUGUCUGAAACAGCAUUGUGAAAAGUGUCAACCCCAGUCUUGACCUAUUCUGAAUUCCCAGCCGACGAGGAGCACUUAUUUGAUCUCCAUUGUCUUCGCCGAAAUUCCCUUUUCACCUCGACAAAUUGCGCCUGAAAGGCUCAGAAAUGGGCAUUGAAAUCAAGCCUAUAACAACCGCCGACAUACCGUCGGUGGUAGAAUGCAUCCAAGCCGCGUUCGCUGAUGACCCAUACCACCUGUGGGCCUUCGACACCCGGCAAGGCAAGUUCAACAAGGAGCGCAACUUUGCCAGUCUCAAAGCGAAAUGUGAAUGGGGGAUGCGCAAUGCCUUGUUCUAUGCGGCAAAGGACACGGACGACCAGGACGGCAAAGUCCUGGGAGUGAGCAUGUGGAUGAAGCCGCGGAACGUCAAUGAGAAGCAGACUUGGAGCGAAUGGAUCGACGAGUAUGUCCUCUGGUUCAAGCAGGGCUGGAAUCUAGUGCGGUAUCAAGGGCGCGGAGGCCUGAAUACGAAGAGGUACUGGAUCUGGAAGCGGGAGCAGGCGAUUGCGCAAUCAGAGAUCUGGACAGAUCCGAAUGGGUAUUAUUUCUGCAAUAUUGUCACGGUCAGGCCGGGCAUCCAGCGCAAAGGCAUUGGGCGGCAGCUCUUUGAAGUCGUGACGAAGCAGGCCGACGAGGAGGGGAGGAAGUGUUAUCUCGAGAGUUCGAAAGAGGUGCCCAACAUUGCGAUCUACGAGAAGAUGGGGUUCAAACUGGCUAGAAAGAUGGUGUGUGAGGAUGGGGGUGAUAAGUGCGAUCUGUUUUGUAUGGUUAGGGAGCCUCAGCCAAAAGCCUUGCCAUGAGUUGAGUUGAGCUGAAGGACGUUGUUGCUCGGAUUCGCACGAGAUGGAUGUCAAGAUGCUGAGGCCGUAUUUUCAAG